AAGCUGUGUCUACCUCUCAACCUCUGUCUCUUUCUUCUCGCUACCUUCAAGACUGCAACGCCACCCAACAACCUCCAUUAAAACUGCAUCGGUUUUUUAAAAUUUCAAGAAAUCUCACUCCAUGAAUUCAACUCAUUCUCCCUGAUGCUCCAAAAUCGCUUUGGUUCUUCUUCUUCUUCCUAGCCACAUAAUCACAGGUUUUUUAGCUGUGCAGUUUAAGCUUAUGUUUAUUGUAGAAUAUCGAGCAGUCCUCAAAUUUUUUGGAAGAGGAUUUACUACUUAAUUCAAAUAGGUAUUCAGCAAAACGUUUUGAUUCAAAUACUGAAACCUAAAGAGUGGUGGCUUCAGCAGAUCUGGGUUCUUCUUUGUCAUCGUCACCACCUACGUUAUACUGUGCAUAAUUUAUUACACAUAUGGAGGAAGCAAAUCCAGCAACUUUUUUAACUAUGCUGGAAGAGCCUGCCUCUUCUGUAUCAUCCAACUCUAAUAGUAUUCCCAAACCACCUCCUCUUCCAAGUAAAAGCUACAUAAGGAGUGAACAUCCCAAUAGGCCUCCUGGGUGUAGCUUUGUCGUCAAGGAAACAAAGAAUGUAUGGGAUAAGCUUUUCAAAGAAGGAUAUGGUGCAGAUGUAUAUAUUUUUACAGAAGAUAAAUCAUAUAUCUUGGCUCAUUCCUAUGUUUUGGGUGCUGCAUCACCAGUCCUGGGUGAUGUUAUCCAACAAUCAAAAGUUAAGUGUGGCAUGAGAUACAUCAGGAUUCCUGGGGUACCUUAUGGAGCUGUCAAUGCAUUUGUUCGUUUUCUUUACUCAUCCUGCUACGAUGACAAAAAGAUGAAAGAGUUUAUUCUCCAUCUGCUGGUUUUGUCACAUUGCUACUCAGUUCCUUCACUGAAAAGAGUGUGUAUACACCUGCUGGAGCAGGGCUGGCUGACCAGUGAAAAUGUUAUAGAUGUCCUUCAGUUGGCAAGGAGCUGCGAUGCACCCAGACUUUCAUUUGUUUGUGUUCAUAUGGUUGUGAAGGACUUCAAAACUAUAUCUUCCACUGAAGGCUGGAAAGUAAUGAAACGUGCCAAUCCUGCCCUUGAACAGGAGCUUGUAGAGGCUUUAGUUGAAGCAGAUUCAAGAAAACAAGAAAAGCUUAGGAAAAUGGAAGAGAAAAAGGUUUACUUGGAACUGUAUGAAGCAAUGGAAGCCCUCCUCCACAUUUGCAAGGAAGGGUGUCGGACAAUUGGACCUCGUGACAAGAUGCUGAAAGGAAGCCAGGUUGCCUGCAAUUUUCCAGCUUGUAAAGGGCUCGAAUCUUUAGUGCGUCAUUUCUCUAAUUGUAAAACUCGAGUCCCUGGUGGAUGUGUUCACUGCAAGCGUAUGUGGCAGCUUCUUGAACUGCAUUCUCGAAUGUGCAGUGAGCCUGAUUCUUGCAAGGUUCCUCUUUGCAGGCAUUUUAAGGAGAAAAUGCGGCAGCAAUGCAAGAAAGAUGAGACCAAGUGGAAGCUUUUGGUGAGCAAAGUUGUUGCAGCAAAGAUUGCUCUGGGACCAUUCUCAGCUAGUCGGUCAAGUUUCAUUAUGACCUGUUGAGCAACUUUAACUUGUAUUUUGAUUUCAAAGAAAUCAUGGUGUCUUCUGAAAAUGUACUCCCGAAACAAAAAAACAUAAUAAGGGAAAACUGAUCGGUUCUCAGUCAGAAAAACUUCAUUUUUGUAAUUUCAUGUCUUAUAUGUUUCAUUUCCUGAAGAAGUGUUUGAUUUUUAAUACCAUAUGGUACUCUAACAAAAUGCAUAAAAGACACCAACGAGGGGUUGGAUCAAGUGAUAAGCGGUUUGUUCUAGCUUAAGCAAAGUCUCGAGUUCGAGUGCUUGUGUACGCAGCAGCUCCUGUUGGGAGACUCACCCACCAUUUCUAGGUGCGCGACGCGGGUCGGGUCCGGAUUAGUCGCGGUGAAGCUUCGGAUACGGGGUGGGAAACCAAAAAAAAAAAUGCAUAAAAGACACUGCUAGGGUUCGUUUUUUCUGAUUGUGGAUGUUGAUGAACAAAUUUGCUGGCAGAUCGGCUUAAACGUCUCGAGGAAUAAUUCCUAGUGGUGAAUUAGUCUUACUG